CCCAAAGUAAAGCAUACUGGAACGUGUUCUUAAGAAGAUCCAUUAAACUUAAGGAUUCUUAAGCUGUCCCUGUGGUGAACCUUUUAAAUGUUUAUAAAAACUAGAACUGUAGAAGCCCUUAACUACACAACGAAUCCACUGAGGUGUGUGUGUGUUUAACGGGAUGCGUCUGUGUGCUCCGAGUCUCAUCUGCUUACUGCUGCCUUUAUUUACAGGUAAAGCAGUAGAUGGUUACUAUGGACAAGGCUACAUGCAGUGUUAUUACACUCGGGAUCUGGUCUCCAUUGAAUUCAUUUACUCUUGGUACUUCAACAUGGUUGAGUAUCUGAGGUACAACAGCACGACAGACAGAUUCACAGGGUUCACUGCGUACGGAGAAAGAAUGGCUUCAUCAAUGAACCUGGACCCCAAAAAAAGUCUCUAUUUCUAUGUGUACACAUUCUGCAAAGAUUACUGUGAUCAAUAUUCAUCUAAUGUUCAAAAGCAAGUGAAGCCCCAGGUCACGGUGAGGUCACUGGUGGGGUCUGAGCCUCAGUCCCUCUCGGCCAUGCUGCUGUGUAGUGCAUAUGAUUAUCAUCCUAAAGGAAUCAAAGUGUUAUGGCUGAGAGAUGGUAAGGUGGUGACUGAUGGAGUUUCCUCCACUGAGGAGCUUUCAGAUGGAGACUGGUACUAUCAGACCCACUCUUAUCUACAGUACACACCAAGACCUGAGGAGAACAUCUCCUGUGUGGUGCAGCACGAGAGCUUAACACAACCACUCAUAACCACCUGGGAGCGUCACCUUCCUGAAGAUCAGAGGAACAAGCUGAUUAUCGGCAUUUUCCUCAUGGUGUUGGGGAUCGUUUUGGCUGUUGUCGGAUUUCUAUAUUACAUGCUGAGGUCUAAAGCGUGUGCCAAGCAAACUUCACAGACUAUAUCUUUAGGAAGCACUGUUUCAGAGACGAAUUCAGAAGCUGCAUUAGAGAGUUCAGAAGUUUCAAACACUUAUGUUUAUAUAGAAUGAUUUUUAUAUUCAGUACAUUUUCUGUGUAAGGGUUUCAGUAAAUUCCUUAAUCAGGUGUGGUUCAGUAAAUUUAUAGUAAAAGCAAUAAUAUAAAAUGUUUAUAAUAACAUCUAUAUUAAAUAACAUCUAUAUUAAAUAUCAUGGGGCUUCUCUAAUGCUCCACAAGCACUAUGUAAUCUUUUACACCAAAUAUAUUAUAAACAGCUUUGGGCUUUUCAUCACCUGCACCUCUCGGGGGAGACGCCAGCGCUUCCCAAUCAGCUUGUCUAACAGAAAUAAACACAAAUAAAUAUAUUCUAUGUAUUAAUCAUGUCUGAUUGCAUUAAAAAUGAUCUCUGAA